CCUCGCAAGCCACACCUCCGAAUCCCUUUCACUUUCAUUUGGGAAUCACCUGAAUCGUUAUGGAAAAUUCUAGGAUAGUAAUAUUUGAAAAAUAUUACGUGUUUCUUAUAUUCCUUAUUUUAUUGGAUUCAAUAUUUGGCGAUACUGCAGUCCAGCGAAUAUACGGUGAACUUAACGGAAACAUCACACUGCGACCAGGUGUCACAGGAACCAUAAAGGAAAUCCUCUGGAAACACAAUGGUGACAAAGCAGCAGAGUUUACUAGGCCAGAUCCGGUCCAGUCAUACAGGAAUUUCCAGUACCGGGUCAUCUUGAACAUAAAUACUGGUCACCUUACGAUUACAAAACUCAACUAUGAAGAUAAUGGUCAAUAUAUGGCUGAAAGUCAAUUGGAUGAAAAACAACAGUUACAGUAUUACACCGUUAAUUUGAUUGUCAUUGAGCCCAUCACGUUGCCCAUAGUGCAAUGUAGGAAGAACGAGACUGCAGCAAAACUUCUCUGCAGUGCGAAAGGUCCAAACCUCCAGUACAGCUGGAGGGGGGGUAGCAUCUCGACGCCCACUUGGUCUCCUGAGCCGACAGAGCUGGUCAUCAAAAAGGAGGAUGAUCCUGACAGCAUCUACACUUGUCUUGUGAAGAGUGAAGCUAGCAGCCGGAGCAGUGAAGCCUAUAAAGUUGCAGAAUGCUCUGUGGGCUCAUCUCUAUCCCGCAGCAUCGCUUUCAGCAUCGUGGGUGUUGCAGUUGUAGUGGCCAUAGGUGCCAUAGUGGCAGUCAUCAAAUAUUGUCAACGUAGGCAAGGUACAAAUUACCAUGAAGUACAACAGAAUCCAGAUAUUGAAAGUAAUAGAAAUAAGAACGAUCAAGAUCCGAGCUCCUCUGGCAACUAUCCUCCCAAUACAGGCCGUGAGACUGAGGAGAGAACAAAUGCAGGAACAGGAGCGAGGAAGGCACUUCCAGGAAGUAAAAUGAAUGAAAUGGUUCUGACAGAUAGAAAGAAACAAAUGCAUGAGACAGAGAGAGCUGCCAACCAGGAAGGGAAAGGAAAUGUAAAAUAUGAGAGUCCAAGCGAGGUAAAAGAUGACAAGAAACCAAAUAAGACAGAUGAAGAGAAAGAAGAUUUACUGCAAAAGGGAACAACACAAGGAGAUGUGAAACAGGAAGAGAAGAAAAUGGAUGCCAUAGUGUUAAAUAAAGAUAAGAAUGGAGUGAAGAAAACAGAUUCCCAAGAGGAAGGUAAAGAUCAGAGAGAGGAAGAAAAUAUAGAACCCCAAGAUGAAGAUGAAGCUCAGAAAGUGGAAGAGAAGAAAACAGAUCCCCAAAAGGAAAACAAAGAUCAUAAAGAAGAGAAAACAGAUCCCCAAAAAGAAAACAAAGAUCGUAAAGAAGAGAAAACAUAUUCCCAAGCAAAAGAUAAAGAUCAGAAAGAGGAAGAGAAGAAAAAUGAUCCCCAAGAGGAAGAUAAAGCUCAGAAAGAGGAAGAGAAGAAACCAGAUCCCCAAAAUGAAAACAAAGAUUGUAAAGAAGAGAAAACAGAUUCCCAAGCAAAAGAUAAAGAUCAGAAAGGGGAAGAGAAGCAAGGAGAAGAAAAUAGAAAUUCAUAA